UGGCUUGUUAGUAGGGGCUGCUCUGUCGGUCCAGUCAGGGCCGGCGGGGAGCGGGAAGAUGGCGGCGGCCUCGGGGUCUUUGCUGCACGGGGCAGCGGGAGCGUUGGGGGCCUCGGAGCCGGCGCUGAGGCUCAUCCUUUCCAUCCUGAGCGGUUACCCCUUGGCCUUAUUUCAGAGAUACUUCCUUUUUAAGAAGCAGCCGUCUCACAUUCAUCUCUUCAACAUGGUGACCGGCCUCUGCAUCGCCUACUUCAAUUUUGGCUCUCAGGUGUACCACUCCUUGCUGUGUGUUCUGCUGCAUUUCCUCAUCCUUCGCCUCAUGGGGAGGACGGUCACUGCAGUGUUGACCAGCUUUUGCUUCCAGAUGGGCUAUCUGAUGUUUGGAUACUACUACACCUCCACGGAUAACUAUGACAUCAAGUGGACGAUGCCGCACUGCGUGCUUACACUGAAGCUGAUCGGGCUCGGUUUUGAUUACUACGAUGGAGGGAAAGCCAAGACGUCGCUGACGCCGGAGCAGCAGUCCUAUGCAGUGACGGGAGUACCCACCUUUCUGGAGGUCUGCGGCUUCUCCUACUACUAUGGGGGUUUUUUAGUUGGACCCCAGUUCUCUAUGUGCAAAUACCUGCAGUUUGUGACGGGCGAGCUGACCGAUGUGGAGGGGCAGAGACCUAACAGCAUCGAGCCGGCGGUGAAGCGGCUAUGCCUCGGACUUUUCUUCCUGACCCUACACAUGGUGUUCAGCCCCCACCUGCCUGACGGCUACUUCCUGACGGAGGAGUAUGCGAACCAGCCGUUCUGGUACCGCUGUGUCUACAUGCUGAUCUGGGGGAAAGUCACGCUGUAUAAAUAUGUCACCUGCUGGCUGGUAACGGAGGGCGUCUGCAUUCUUUGCGGCCUCGGCUACAACGGCAAGGAUGAAAAGGGUGAAACGCGGUGGGACGCCUGUGCCAAUAUGAAAGUGUGGCAGUUUGAGACCACCCCCCUAUUCACAGGAACCAUUGCCAGCUUCAAUAUUAAUACCAAUGACUGGGUGGCUAGAUACGUUUUUAAGCGUCUCCGUUUCCUUGGUAAUAAGGCCGUGUCUCAGGGAGCCGCCCUCUUUUUCCUGGCCAUAUGGCAUGGCCUGCAUUCGGGAUACCUUGUCUGCUUCUCGCUGGAGUUCCUGAUCGUCAUAGUGGAGAAACAGGCGAUGGAGUUGGUGAGGGACAGCCCUGCACUCGGUCACAUCUGCUCCAUUCCUCUGCUGCAGCCUCCCCUCUACGUGCUGCAGCAGUCCAUCCACUGGCUCUUCAUGGGAUACCCCCUGGUGCCGUUCUGCCUUUUCACCUGGGACAAGUGGUUCAAGGUGUACAUGUCGGUCUAUUUUAUGGGCCAUUUAUUCUUCUUAUCGCUGCUGUUUGCACUGCCUUAUGUACGGAAAGCCCUAGUGCAAAGAAAGGACAAGCUGCAGAAGUCCCACUGACGGCGCUCCAUGAUUGUAUGUCGCUCGGCGUGGCGCUGGUUGGCGCACCUCCCUCCAUGCUGGCUGCAGCGGACACCACACUGCCAGGAAGGACACAAGUUGCUGAUACUUUUUUUUUGUCUUUUUAAUGAAUUACAAACUGGUCACCGGCACCAAUCAUCCUGCAGCAAUGUGGCCCCCAGAUGUUGUUUUAUAGACUUUUCUACUACUUGGGAGGGAGGGGGGGGGGGGAGGUCUUUCUAUUACUUGAACUUUUUUGGAUGCUGGAGACUUUGGCCGGCUCCCUUCCUCCUUCUUCUACCUGCGCCCUCCGGGUCACUUCACAGGGCAGCUACAACCAAGCUGAUGGUAAAAUUGCACUGGAAGAGGACGGUCCAAGGACGCUGUAUACCGCCGGUUACGGAUUUAGAAGAAAAUCGUUGGGGUGGGUCUAUGAUAGGGGGCAGGGAUUCUAGAAGUACAGGGGAGACUGCCCUGUGUGGAAGCAUGGUGCCGAACAUGGCCGAUCAGAGCUUAGCCUUGUCAAAAUAUUUGAAAAAAAAGAAGUGCACUUGGAUUGGCUGUAGGUAUCAUGUGAUCACGGGGGGAUAGGGGGGUACAGUCAUGUCCUGCCUUUUUAAGAGCUGCAAUAAAGCACUCUGUCAUGUC